UAGUGGAGUGAAGGCGUAGUUGUAGGGAUAAGGAUAACACGCUCGUCCACUGUGGGCAAAAGACGCGGCUGCUGCUACAGACACACAGCGCGCACUGACUGACGGGAACCGGGGGGACUGCCUCACCACUGUGAGGCGUAAAUGGACACAACAUUUCUCAAAAGAAAGACGCUGCCCGCAAAACGACCUGUGUCCCAAAUGCGUCCUGGAAAUUAAUUCGCGUAUUUGCUGUAUAUCAGAUCCCCUUUUCCACCCUGCACAACGGAAGUUUCUCUGACCGAUUUUUGGAGGAUCUUUCAUUUAUAGGCUGCAAACAUGGAAGAGGACAACCAAGUACCCCAGGACCUGUCUUUGGAGGAAAGAGAUGAGCUGUCGAACAUACGACGCAGGAAAAAAGAGCUUCUUGAUGAUAUUGAACGGCUGAAGUUUGAGAUUUCCGAGGUAAUGACUGAGAUUGAGCAGCUUACUUGCGUGGGGGAGAGUAAGACAACACAAAGAAAUAAACAGAUCGCCAUGGGGAGGAAGAAGUUCAAUAUGGACCCUAAAAAGGGGAUCCAGUUUCUUCUGGAGAACGAUCUUCUCCAGCACACCCCAGAGGACGUCUCUCAGUUCCUCUACAAAGGCGAGGGGCUCAACAAAACAGUCAUCGGGGACUACUUAGGGGAACGGGAUGACUUUAACCUCAAGGUCCUCCAGGCGUUUGUGGAGCUUCAUGAGUUUGCAGACCUCAACCUCGUACAAGCCUUACGGCAGUUUCUGUGGAGCUUCAGACUUCCUGGCGAAGCCCAGAAGAUUGAUCGUAUGAUGGAGGCGUUUGCAUCCAGAUACUGCCAAUGUAAUCCUGGCGUCUUCCAGUCCACAGACACCUGCUAUGUCCUAUCAUUUGCCAUCAUUAUGCUGAACACAAGCCUGCACAAUCCCAACGUCAGAGACAAGCCCCCCGUGGAGCGCUUCAUCUCCAUGAACAGAGGGAUCAAUGAGGGGGGAGACCUCCCAGAGGACCUACUCAGGAAUCUAUUCGACAGCAUCAAGAGCGAACCCUUUAAGAUCCCAGAGGAUGAUGGGAAUGACCUGACGCACACAUUCUUCAACCCAGACAGAGAGGGCUGGCUGCUUAAAUUAGGGGGCCGAGUGAAAACCUGGAAGCGAAGGUGGUUCAUCCUGACUGACAACUGCCUCUACUACUUUGAAUACACAACUGACAAAGAGCCUCGUGGGAUUAUCCCGCUGGAGAAUCUGAGCAUCAGGGAGGUGGAGGAGCCCAGGAAACCUAACUGUUUCGAGCUCUAUAAACCUAACCACAAGGGCCAGGUGAUCAAAGCCUGCAAGACGGAGGCAGAUGGGCGUGUCGUCGAGGGAAACCACGUGGUGUACAGGAUAUCAGCGCCCACGCCAGAAGAGAAAGAGGAGUGGAUUAAAUCCAUCAAGGCCAGCAUCAGCAAAGACCCUUUCUACGACAUGCUGGCCACCAGGAAGAGACGCAUCGCCAACAAGAAGUGAAGAGGGACAAUCUUCUCAACCUCCAGCUCCUCCAUCUUUCUCUCCCACACAUAAACUACACACGCUGAAAAGCUGGUUCACACAAAAAAAGACCCUGGAUAUGAACCUCAGUUUCUCCCCUGGACGGUGUGCACUGCUGGGGAGACACCCCACUGCUGAGGGGACAGCAGAGUUUCAGGAAACUCAAAUGUGUGGACUCUUGCCUGGAGCAACACAUGAACAACCAACAGCCAGUUUGUUUCUCCUCCAUCUCAUACACACCCCCCUACCUCCCCCUCUCAUGGCCAUCACAUGUUGUAGGUCUCUCUAAAGCACAACUGCCAUGUUUCAGGUGCACAUGCAUGCAUGUGGACUAAUAUUAUGUGUGCGUGUGUGUGUGUGUGUGUGUGUGUGUGUGUGUGU